AUGGAGCUGCCAGUGUUGGUGGGGGACCUGAAGCUGGUCAUCAAUGAGCCCAGUCGCCUGCCGCUGUUUGAUGCCAUCCGGCCCCUCAUUCCCCUCAAACACCAGGUGGAGUACGACCUGCUCACCCCCAAGAGGUCACGGUGAGUGGAGGGGUCGCUGCCACCCACCAGGCUGGAGCCCAUAGACUUUCAAUAAGAUGCACUUGUCUUAUACCAUGUAAUUACUCUAUUAGUACUUAUAGGUAACGAGAAUGUACACCAAUUUGAUAACACAGAACUGAUAACCCCUUCCUCCACCCUUUCCUGUCAUCUUCCAUCCAACCCCUUCUCCCUCUCCCCUCCUGUCUUCCCUCUCCUCCUCCCUCUCUCCAUCCUGGUGGUGCAGUAAGCUGAAGGAGGUGCGUCUGGAUCGUACUCAUCCUGAGGGUCUGGGUCUGAGUGUGAGAGGGGGCCUGGAGUUCGGUUGUGGACUCUUCAUCUCACAGAUCGUCAAGGAUGGACAGGCUGGAAACAGUGGCCUGCAGGUGUGUGUGUUUGUUUGUUUGUUUAUUUGCGUGCGUGUUUGUGUGUGCAUCACUUGUACAUGCAUCAAAUAAAAUCAAUCCGAGGAACAAACCGCUUUAGUAAAAACAUCCAGGAACUUUUGAAGUACCUUCCUGUCCUUCAUCUCCUCCUGAAGUCAUUUGCUCCUGAGUCACGACUCAGACUGAUUGCAUCUGCUUUUCUGUCGGUCUGCUGUAGUUAUUCCCCUCGGCCAGCGUGACAGGAUGUCACACACUUCCAUUAGCUCAAUAACUGAUGACACAAAUUGACACACAGCUACAGCUGAGGCGACGCAGCCAUCCUGUCUGGCAUCUGGGGAAAAAAAACAUUUCAGAGACUCAUCCUUACCCACAAGACAUAUUCUCCCAAAUGGUACAUAGUAUGCAGGAUGGAGGGGAUGUGAUCAAAUAUCUAAAGAGAGGCAAACAUACACUGUGAAACAUAACACCCAGAAAAGUAGCCACACACUCUGUCACACUACAUAAAAAGUGCUGGUCGUAACAUCUGACCUCUGUGACCUCCAGAUGGGAGAUGAGAUUGUACGCAUCAAUGGAUACGCCAUCUCUUCCUGUAUCCACGAGGAAGUCAUCAACCUCAUCAAGACCAAGAAAAUCGUGUCGCUCAAAGUCAGGCGUAAGUUAAACGAAAUCCACCCAACCAAUAUACUCACUCAUCCUUAUGUCAAAUGCACAAGUUAA